AUGAGAUUUGGUAGAAAGAAAGGGAAGCUAACUCCUCGAUUCAUUAGACCUUUUGAGAUCAUAGAGAGGAUUGGGGAGAUGGCGUAUAGAUUGGCUUUACCACCUAGACUAUCUGCUGUUCAUGAUAUUUUCAAUGUCUCCAUGUUGAGGAGGUGCUUGAGGGAUGAAACUCAGGCCAUUAACUGCACAGAGGUCCAGAUUCGUCCUAAUAUAACCUAUGUUGAGACACCUAUUCGCAUUGUUGACAGUAUGGUGAAACAGUUGAGGCGAGCAGAGAUACCUCUGGUGAAGGUGCAAUGGAAUCAUCAGGAUGAGAGAGAGGUUACUGGGGAGCUAGAGUCAGAAAUCAAGGGAAAGUACCCACAUCUAUUCGAAUAA